AUGUCUGGAAGCGCUUACGACAGACAUAUCACUAUCUUCUCAGACCAGGGUCGUCUGUACCAAGUCGAAUAUGCCUUCAAGGCCAUCACGUCUGCAAACAUCACCUCUAUUGGUGUGAGAGGGAAGAACUGUGCGGUGGUAUUGUCUCAGAAGAAAGUCGCCGAUAAAUUGAUCGACCCCUCAUCCGUUUCACAUGUCUUCAAGCUUUCUCCCUCUGUCGGUUGUGUUAUGACUGGUGCCAUAGCAGAUGCCCGAGCAUCCGUUGACCGUGCCCGUGGAGAGGCAGCCGAGUUCCGAUACAAGUACGGCUAUGAGAUGCCUUGUGACGUUCUUGCCAAGAGACUGGCCAAUAUCAACCAGGUCUACACACAACGGGCUUACAUGCGCCCACUGGGAGUUGCCACAACCCUGAUCUCGGUUGAUGACGAAAAGGGCCCUCAGGUUUUCAAAUGCGACCCCGCUGGAUACUACGUGGGAUACAAGGCGACUGCCGCGGGACCGAAGCAGCAGGAGGCUCUCAACCACCUGGAGAAGAAGCUGAAAAACAAGGAUUACGCGGAUGGCAACUGGGAGGAGGUUGUCGAGUUGGGCAUCACGGCACUGAGCAAUGUGCUGAGCGUCGAUUUCAAGAAGCACGAACUGGAGGUCGGCAUUGUCGGAGGACCUCGCGCCGACGGCAAGGAAGGGACAGAUUCUGGGUUCCGGGCUUUGACUGAGGAGGAGAUCGACGAACGAUUGCAGGCUAUCAGCGAGAAGGAUUGA